AUGGCGCCCGCGCUCGCACGCGGAGGGAACCGAUUGGAGGAGAGACUGCCGCACUGGUGUGACCUCGCCGAUUGCCCACAAGGGUACCAGCUGAUCAGGUGGCCGCAUGCUUGCCGCUCCGUCUUCCUGUCUCAGAACUGCGGUGUUACCAUGAUCUGCCGCUCCAACUUCGAGCGCCGACUAAGGAAAAGUAUACUCCUCUUUGCAACUCCUGUUCCAACUGGACGCCUUUCCAACUAUUGGAUUCAAUCUGACUUCAUCGCAAGGAUCUUGGGCCUCAAUGAAGCCCCUCCAUCGUACAGGCUCACGCCACAUCUAUCUUGCGACCCAUCUGGCAUGACCUUUGCUUUCGGCGGUGCUGGCGUCUACGAGGUGCCGGACAAGAAGGUGCCGACCCUUGCCACACAGGUUAAUGCUUUCACGAGGCUACUUAAUACUGGGGUCAUCUCAAAACAACAGCUUCAGAGCUCCGUCGCUCUCGUCUCCAUCUCCGGCAGUGACUACAUGACUGGUGCCAACGUCGACAAUGCCUUCUUGAGUAGCUUCGAUGAUAUUGAUAGUUAUAUUGGGAACGUGACGACUGAGAUUGCGAAGAACGUGGGGAAGCUACAGAGGCUAGGUGUGAGAAAGGUACUAGUGAACAACAUGCAUCCCAUUGGCUGCACGCCUUUGCGGACUAGUGCGAACAACUACACGACAUGCGACCUUCUGGCAAACUAUGCCGCAACUGUGCACAACAACAAUAUAGAACACCUGAUGGGGAACAAGAAUAAUGCCCACAUACUGGACCUCUACACUGCCUUCACUGACAUCGUUAAUCACGCCCCGGGUGAAGGGUCGGAGCAGUCAAACAAUUUCAAGCGCAAGCUGACACCUUGCUGUGAGGCUUCCACCGAGCUGGGGUACUGUGGACAGGUUAGCCCUUCAGGGAAGCGCCUCUACGACCUAUGCAAGAAUCCUGAAAAGAAUUUCUACUGGGAUGAGACUUACCCGACGACCGCUGGGUGGGAAGCUGUUACAGAGGCACUAGAAGAACCUUUGAGGGAGUUCCUAGAUCGGGACUAUGUUCCAUGAUUUCUUUGUAAUUUAGGUUUGGAUCGAUCCGUUGCUUGUUGGUGCAAUAUCUUUUUGUUAGGUUAGCAUAGAUAGUAUUCAUAUUUAGGAAGAAACUUGUGAGUUUUUAUUGCCUUGUAUUCCAUGAAAUUUUGUCUAGUGACCUUAAUGUUUUAAUAAAGUUCGUCAUACUAUA